AUGCCAUCAACUACAGAUCCCUCAUCCACCUUCCCUUUAACAGAGGUCCAAGGGAGGGGGGAUCCAAACGAAUGGCCCUCGGGUGACCACGCACCUGCACCACCUGCAUCCGCUGCACAACCCCUCUCCAAACACGCAACCCUCCUCUACACCGUCUCUUAUUUAAUCUUCUUCUCCCUCCUGGGCACACUAGCCCGUCUAGGCCUCCAAGCUCUAACAUUCUACACAGGCGCUCCCGUCGUGACAGGGGUGCUAUGGGCGAAUGUAGGCGGAAGCCUGGUAAUGGGCUUCCUGAGCGAAGACCACAAUCUAUUCCGCGAAGAGUGGGGCCAAAAAGCCAAGGAACCAGAUACAGACCCAGCCGUGAACGACCCUAAGAUCAAGAGCCAGAAACACAUGGCCGUGAAGAAGACCAUCCCGCUGUAUAUUGGUCUGACAACUGGUUUCUGUGGUUGCUUCACUUCCUUCUCGUCUUUUAUCCGGGACAUCUUCCUCGCCCUGGCAAAUGCCCUUCCUGAUCCGUCGCUGCCGACCGGAUCACACAUCGCAUCCCGUAAUGGCGGGUAUAGCUUCAUGGCUCUCGUUGCUGUGAUCUUCCUCACUGUGUCGCUGAGUCUGUCGGCGUUGAUAUUCGGUGCACAUCUUGCCCUGGCUUUAACACGUGUCACACCUACCGUGCCCUUCGCAUUCACGCGACGAAUCCUCGACCGUGUAGUGGUUGUGCUUGCCUGGGGAUGCUGGCUCGGAGCUGUGUUCUUGGCUAUUUGGCCACCAGAUCGAUUUCAUGGCCCGGAUGUGUGGCGUGGCCGGGCGGUGUUCGCUCUUGUCUUUGCGCCGCUUGGCUGUCUCCUUCGGUUCUAUGUUUCGCUGCGUUUGAAUAGUAAGAUUCCGACCUUCCCUCUUGGCACGUUUGUGGUGAAUAUCUUUGGGACUAUCAUUUUGGGUCUUUGCUAUGAUUUGCAGCAUGUUAGCGGUCUUGGGGCGGUCGUUCCUGCUGCUCUAACAGGUUGCCAGGUGUUGCAGGGUAUCAUGGAUGGAUUUUGUGGGAGCGCGACCACUAUCAGUACUUGGGUUGCUGAGUUGAAAGGACUAUCCCAUCGGCGUUAUUCGUAUGUGUACGGAACUGCCAGUGUGCUGGUUGCGCUUGGAUUUUUGGUUGUUAUCAUGGGCUCGUUGCUGUGGACUCGUGGAUUUGACAAGCCUGUGUGUAGAUAG